UUCGACGAAUAGUGGUUUGCCGCAGUGAAUACCUACUCUUUUUUUUCGAUUCAAAAAUACAUAUACAUUCAAAGUAUUAAAAUUGUUCCAUUUUAUUAAAAACAAUGGCCGAUUUAGAUGCAUUAUCAAAAGCAACAAAACGAAAACGCUUCCACUAUGCAAAAUACGUAAAUUACGACAAAGAACGUAACAUCUCCGAAUGUCUAGUUUGUCGCAAACAAUUGAAAUCUCUUUCCACUGGCAACAUAAAACGUCACUACUUAAAGUUGCACGACCGAAAUCUCGAUUCCGAUGCCGACAGUCGAAUUCGGUCAUUUCCACUUCGGAAAUUUUGCAAAUUCAAACCGAGCAUGGGCAUGAACAAGAGUGAAUUCCUAACUUGUUGUGUUGGUUUGGUUGCCAUCCGAAAUAUUCCAAUUUCUCUAUUCGAUGAUGAGGAUUAUUUUAAGAAGUUUUUGUCUCCAUUCGAGGAGGAAUUUAAGAUGACUGUGAAUUCGAAAAAUAUCAAAGUCUAUCUAAAUGGGGCUACGAGUGAAUUGAGAGGUGUUAUUUCGGAUGAAAUACGAGCAAAGUUGGUUUGUUUGAAAUUCGAAAUUGUUACGCGGGGGGAGAGGGGAUUUGUCGUAAUGAAUAUUCAGUAUAUUGAAGAGUUUAAAAUGGUCGUUCAAACGAUUGGUGUGGUAGAAAUGGUGAAGAAUCAAGAAAUAGAAAUGCAACAGAUUUUGAGGAAUUUGAAUGAAUGCGGAUUGGAUGAUUCGAUUUUGUAUGUGAGCUUUUCGAAUAUAUGUUCGAAUGUUUAUAUUCCAGAGUUACAUGGCGAAGAUAAUGCCAGUAAUGACUUGGAAUGGAAUGGAGAGUAUGAAAAGGUUCAUUCGACCAUUACGGAUUGUAUUAAGUGUCCAUCGCAGACACUUCAUUUUGUAGCCAAAUCAGUUCUAGGCGAUUUGGGAGAUAAAAUUGAAAAAUGUCGAAAAAACGUCAUAAGUUUAUUGUCGAUGAAUAAAAGUGAUGCCAAAGUUCAGAUUCCAUCGUUGGAUAUAUCCACUCGAUGGUUAUCCACGUUUUAUAUGAUUGAUGGGCUUUCAAAACUGAGAACAUUCAUUGAAGGUCUUGAACAACCUUUAGACAUGGAUUGGUUGUUUAUUAAUCAAUUUUCAGGAGCUUUUAAGCCUUUAGCUGAGUGUUUGGAGAAACUCCACGAAGUAAAUUACAUUAUUGGAGACUUUUAUCGGGAUUGUCUUUGUUGUGAGAUUGAAUUGGAGGAAUUAGUGGGGAAUAAUAUCUAUGCCGGGUUAUUGCUCAAGGAACUCAAGACUGGCAAGGACAAACUUUUGGAGAAUGGAGCAUUUCUAGCGGCUUUGUAUCUUGAUCAAAGAUUCAAUUUUAUAAAAACACCAUUUCUCACCGAGGAACAACAACAUUUUGCUUUGGACCAUUUAAUGACAACUGUGACAAAUCUACGACGACCUGCAAUCAAAGAUGAAUAUUCAAGUGAUGAUGGUGAAGAACGUUCAAUGGAUGUCACAAUUAACAAUGAUCCAUUUGUUAAAUUAGAAGAAAGAACAAAAUCAAUGAUUGGCUCACAAACACCAUCAAAAGAAGGAAAAACUAUUAAAGAGAAAUUAGAUUGCCUUCGAUUUGGUGAAAGACUAUCAUUUCAUGUUGACAUUUUGAAUCAUUGGAAAUGUUUGACUUAUGAAGACUUUGAAAUGAAACAGCUUGUGGAAGCUGUGCUAGCAUGUCCUUGUACUCAAUCGUCGAUGGAGAUGACAAUGAAAGAAUUUGCAAAUGUUUUAAAAAAUACCGAUUCGAAUGUUCUGUCGAAUAAGUCAAUAGGGAAUAUUUUAAUGACUAGAUUAAAUAGUAAUAUAUUGAAUUUUAUUAAUUUGGAUGUGAAAAAUGAUGAUAUUGGUUUGGUGUAGUUUUUUUU